AUGGGGCCCCUGGGCAAUAGGGGAUCAUGGGGCCCCUAUAUCCUUGCCCACACUUAAAGCACACCCAAAAAAGCCUAUAAAAAAGGUACCAGGGGCAUUUCAUGGGGCCCCCUACUGACCCCGGGCCCUCAGGUAGAUCUCUAGUGCCUGAAUGGUCAAUGGAUAACCUACAAAUCUUUUGACAACACCAGGGGUGGACUGACAACCCAUGGGGCCCCCGGGCAAUAGGGGAUCAUGGGGCCCCUGUGUCCUUGCCCAAACCAAAAAAGCCUAUGAAAAAGGUAGCAGGGGCAUCUCAUGGGGCCCCCUACUGACCCCCUGGGCCCUCGGGCAGUGCCCAGAGUUUCCAAAUGGUCAGUCCGCCCCUGGACAACACCAU